UGCUUCUGAUCUGCCUCACAACUCAAAGCAUAUCAACUUCCUUACAGCAAAUUUCUUCAUCAAAAAACAUGGGUGUCAAGACUUUCUUCCAUGAACUGAAAUCCAAGGUUUCAGCAUCCAGGUUCUUCAGGGCUUUGGUCACAGACUCGCACGAGGUUGUCCCCAAAUGCACCGAGCACAUCAAGAGCAUUGAGACUGUUGAAGGACAUGGUGUUACUCCCGGAUGUGUCAUGCAGACAAACUUCCACGACGCUUCUCAUUUCAAGUACGUGAAGCACAGAAUCGACGAAGUUGACACCGAGAACUACGUGUGCAAGUACACUUUGAUCGAAGGCAACGUGCUGGGGGAGAAGUUCGAGAAGAUCUGCUACGAGCUCAAAUUCGAGCCCACGGAAGACGGAGGGUGUGUGAUCAAGCAGAAGAGUGAGUAUCACACCAAGGGUGACGUCGAGCUGAACGAUGAGGAGAUCAAAGCCGGGAAGGAACAGGCUGCGGUGCUCUACAAGGCUGCUGAGGAGUAUCUCGCUGCCAACCCUCAUGUCUGUGCCUGAAUGUUUUGAUCAUGGAGAUAUUAAGAUUGUCGUUUCUUGGCUAUGUUGUCUUAAUAAUAAAGGGACGAUCGUCCCUGUUGUUUUCUAUUAAUGUGUAUGGUUUUUGUGUAAGAUUUGGGAGUGGGAGUACUGAAGUUUUUGUUUGAGUUCAUGGUACUAAUUGUUCGUA